AUGAUCCCGAAACCAAUAGAAGGCAAUUUGGUAAAAUUGAUAAGGUCAAAAUUAGAAGGAGAAGCUAGAGAUACAGUAAUUGGAAUUAAUUUCGGAACUCUUGAUGAAUUGCUAGAACAUCUAGCAGAUAUUUUCGGAUCUGCCCAAACGCUUAACCAGCUUUUAGGUGAAUUGGGAAAUGAAUUUCAACAUGAUGAUGAAAAAGUAUUAACUUUCGCUAAUAGGCUGCGACUACUAUCGACAAAAAUCAUUGAUGCUAAAAGAAAAAUUGACGGAAUCGAAUCAGUCACGAAUGAAUAUAAGCAUGCCCUGGAAGAGAAUAUCUUUGAAUGUUUCAAGAGAGGAUUAAAAUCAGAAAUCAAGUUAAAUCUAUCUCCCGGAGUCACCCCAACUAAUAUACUAAAGCUCGCCAUAAAAGCAGAAAAAGACUUAGAAAUACAGUCAGUACUUAGAUCAGGAUUUAAAAAUAAAGUAUCAAGUUCAAAAAUCAUCAAUUUAUGUCAACUCUGUAAUAAGGAAGGGCAUGAGGCACUGAAUUGCCUUAACAUUACAAAGCCUCUUGGAAAACAAUGUACAUAUUGUAAGAAGUCUGGGCAUGAAAUAAAAGAUUGCUUCUUGAAAAAGGGCAAUGACAAUAUUAUCUGCCAAAUUUGCGAUAAGAAAGGUCAUAACGCUCGUGAAUGUAAAUCACAAUUGAAGUGCCAAAUUUGCAAUAAAAUAGGCCAUAUAGCGAAAACCUGUACACAUCGCGCGCAAGUUAAUACGAUCAACGAAAUAGUUUGUCAACUGUGUAAUAGAGUCGGACAUACUGGUAAACAAUGCCAAAAUAAUUCAGAGAUAGAAUCUGCCAGUAAUAAGAACCCCACAUUUGACAAGUCAAAUAUUAUAUGCUUUUAUUGUAAGAGACCUGGACAUAUGAUAGCCGAAUGCAUAAAAAGAAAGGUCAAUGAAGCCCGAAAUCAGAAUCAGGGAAACGGAUCAUGGUCCCCGCAGUCGAGCGCAAUGCAGAGGACCAAUACACCACGAAUGCGCCAAUCGAACGAAGACAGCGAAAUGUUGCUCAGCCUAGUCCCUUAA